UCUAUCUACCCUUUAUCUCAACAAUUAUCACACAACUAAUAAUUAUUGUUUGGGAAAUAACAAAGUUAAUUAAACUUAAAAGUCAAUUUUUUGAUAGAAUCAGGUAAUUCGCAUGAUUGUUAAAAGUGUAUCUUUGAAUUAUUUAUACUCGUAUCUUAAAUAUAACUCAUUGGCAAAAUCUGAUUGAUUUAAUAUAAACGCUUCCGAUCUUGUGGCACAAUCAGGGUACAAAUUAAUUGAUAAACUACUCAGAAAUGAGUCUAGCUUCUUCACUUAUUGAUUUGAAAGCUGAGUUAUCUAAAAAACGAGAAGAGUCGAAAAGUAAUCGAAGCUUUCAAGUUAAUCUUAAAGGAGGACACAAAUGGAAAUUAUUAGCUGAAAAACUUGAAACUAAAAACAAAGUGAAACAGUUGAAAGCGAAAAAAGAGAAGACUACCAAUGAGGAUGAAAAGAGGGCAAUCGAUGAAGAAAUUGAAAAAGAAUUACAAGCAUCUAAAAGGGCAUUGGAGAGGAAAACAGCCAUUUAUGAAGCGAAGAUGAAUAAAGCCAUGGAAGGUGUCUUUCAAGAUAGUGAUGAUGAACCAGAAGAUGAAGAUCAAAGAUAUUUAGUAAAUUUCGAUGGUAAAGCUAUGGAACAAAUCAAAAUACGAAACGAAGAAAGGCGUAAAGCUGAGGAAAGACUUAGAGGCUACAAGCGGAAAGAUGAAGAGGAAAAUGACGAUGGUGAUUGGGUUGAGUUUACAGAUUCUCUUGGCAGAACCAGGAGAUGUUUACGUGAAGAUUUGAAGUAUUUUGUUGAAGCUAAUCGUAAUCUUGGUCAUGCUGAAAGUAAUGAAGCUAAAAAAUUUAAAUAUCUUGAUGACAGCAGCGAUAAAGAAGAGAGUAUUAAACCUGAAAUUAAAGAAGAGGGGCCAAUUCAUUAUGCUGAUGUCCGAUUUGGUGAAGCUCGUGAACAUGGAGUGGGAUUUUAUCAGCUUUCUGGUGAUUCGGAGGAACGAAGAAAGCAGAUGGAACAAUUAGAUCAGCUUCAUGAACAACUUUUGAAGGAAAAAGAACACAAAACUAAAGAGAAAGAGAAAAAAUCUAAUGCUAUGGAAGAAAGGUUAGCGCGAAUUGCAGCGCGAAGAGGAUUGCCAUUCAAAGCUAAAUCAAAAAAAGACGAAACCAGUAGUACAGAGGAAUCUGAUUAACUGACCAUUCAAAAAUUUACUCCAAAGUUUUAUUACAAUGUACAGUGUAAAUAAAAUAAUUUUGAUACUAAAUUAUAAAUUUGGUCAUCUUUUGAA